UCCAGUCCAGUCGAGGGGAGGCGUGAGUCGUUGCGGGGAGGGAGGGGGAAGCCUGGGAUCUUCGCCCGGCUGUGCUGUGUGACCGUUGCCGGGCUAUUACUGCUGCUGGUUGGACAUUGAUUCCUCGUUGGGGGGGUUCAUGGUGACACUGCGCACAGUCGAUCGUUCACAUUCCGACCUGCCCGUCCUCGGCACUUGAAGGAGAUUCAUUAAAUUUCAUUCUCAUGUACAACUGCGCUGCCUGGCAGACAUAUCGACUAUAUAGCCUCGCGCUCUGACAUUCGAGCGAGCAUGCAUUAAGACGAUUGCGGCCCGACUGUGCGCGCGCGGACGAGGCAGGCGAAUGUGGAGUUCACCGAGCUCAGCUCAUUCAGUCGUCGUCGACGUUGUGUUUUCAACAGGAAGAAGCGAGUGAGAGAUUUUUGGUCUGAUCUCGACUCUCGUCAGUCAUUCGUUCUGUGAUUUGGCCGGGGACUGUUGGAGGUCGAAGAAUCGGGGUGCACAGUGUACGAUAUGGCCACUGUUCAGCUGGUGAGCAAGGAGGCGUCGGACAUUCUGUCGAAGAAGUUCUCGGACCUGUCGGACGAGCACGAUUACGAUCCCAUCGAGCCCUAUGUCACGCACUUCCACCCUCGUCCCUCCGUCCGAUCGAGGUUCCCGUUCUCUCCGCACCCUCGCCUGCUGCGCGACGACAUCGACGUCUACCCGUCGGCCUUCUGUACCGACGAGUACCUGCAUUAUCUGGAGGAGGAUUCGUACAUCGUGGCCAUGACUCCUCUGCGAGCCGAAACUAUCCUCCAGCUCAAAGCCACUCCGUCCCGUGGCCCCCGACGCGGCGGUCGAGCUGAAAUUAAAAGACUUCGGCAAAAGUAUUCCACUGCCAAUCUCAAACACAAGUUCAUGCAUUUGUGCGGUGCGUCGAAGGCCAUGUUCAGCAGCAAGUACGUCGGGUUGCCUGUUUGAGAUGAAGCCAGUGGCAGGGAUUGGGGGAGGGGAGAAGAGUCAGGCCUCUCGAACGAGUGAGUGAGUGGCUGGCUUGUGUACAGGAAUGGUCGGUCAUGUACAUCGUUGGAUGUCCGAGGGCGACUUUGAGCUCGAUCAACACUGGCUGAUCAGCCUCUUAAUUGAGCCGGCUGUAAGGCCAUCGUAGCUGUAAACAAUGGUUUAGUCAACUGAGUGUGUACAGAGAGAGAGAGAGGGAGAGAGAGAGGUAGUUUCUUCCACGUGGUCGAAUUUUGUGGGGAACUGGCGAUGCGAUUGUUCACGGACAAUGAACACUGCGCUCAUGCUUUCGCUUUCGCUUCGCCGAUGAUGAUGGUCGAUCAUCUAUUCGUUCCAUGUACUUUUUGCGAAACCUCGAGUCCCGCCGAUUGCCUGAAGCGAGCCAUGUCCUUCGCGCAGCAUCGGCUGUGGCCGACGGAAUCCGAUACAAAUUCAUCAUCUUAUUUCCUGCUGCUGAGCUCUUGCAGCGUUGAUUGAAAUCGAUCAAUUUUGAGCGCUUGAAAGAAAGCACACUCUGCCUCAUUGAGCACAGCCUUUUCUUAACUCAUUGCAGUUCUUCUCUUGGUCUACCUUUCCGCCACUGCAAUUGGAGGU